GGAUCUCCAGCGGACUGUGCGGGAUUAAGCUGCAGCCUGACCAAUCAGCGCACGAAACGGCGAGAUUGGCAUCUCCGCUAUCCAACCGCAGCGCGGUGCGCUCGGACCCGGGGCCUCGGAGAUGUCGCUGCGCGCCGUGCUCAGGGCCGCCGCCUCGCUGCCGCGCUGCACUGCGGGGCCGCUCCUCCCGCCGCCUCCCCGUCCUCCCUGCGCCGCCAUGGCCACGCUGAACCAGAUGCACCGGCAGGGCCGCCCCGCGCCCCCCGCCCCCAAGCCGGGGCCCACCCUGGGCCGGCCGCAGAUCAAGGGCGUGGUGCUCAAGAACCUGAUCCGCAAGCCCAAGAAGCCCAACUCGGCGAACCGUCGGUGCGUGCGGGUGCGGCUGAGCACGGGCCGCGAGGUGAUCGCCUUCGUGCCCGGCGAGGGCCACAACCUGCAGGAGCACCACAUGGUGCUGGUGCAGGGCGGGCGCACGCAGGACCUGCCCGGCGUCAAGCUCACCGUGGUGCGCGGCAAGUACGACUGCGCCCACGUGCAGCCCAAGAAGUGAGCGGGCAGCCCGGCCCGGGGGGCCUGGGGACGCCCCCGGCCCGGCAUCGGGGGUCCCCGGGCGGGGACGUGCCCGCCCUCGGUGUCCAAAAUUCCGAAUAAAGUGUGCUGGCCGUGUG